GAUUCAUCAGAUGAAAAUGAGUGUAACUGGAUGUGUCUGAUCAGACCAGCUGAUAAUGAGGAGGAACAAAACUGUAUGGCCUACACCAUCAACCACAAUGUCUUCUACAGCACCACCAGAGAUAUUCUGCCCACUGAGGAGCUCAGGAUUAUGCAGGAAGAUGAAGAAAUCUCGGAAGAGGAAGAAGGAGAAGAACUUGAAGAGUCUGAAGAAGAAAUUGAUCUGGAUGAGAGUGAAGAUUUCAAGACUACACGAAAACGACAAUGCAAAGGUAAACUGGAGUCCCGAUUUCCAUGUGCUCUCUGCAAACAGAUGUUUUCCAACGAGAUGAGUUUGUAUCGCCACAUGGCUAUGCAUACCGAUCUUUACAAGUGUGAGAAAUGUGGUAAAUGCUACUCCAGAAAAGAUUCGUGGCAAGGUCACAUGCUGCGCUGUAAUCCAGACAAAAUUAAUGACCACAAGAUCUAUGUAUGCCACAACUGCAAGAAGACAUUCGCCACGGAAUUGGGAGCCCAGAACCACAUGGUCAGCUGUGCCAAACAUUAUUGCUCGGAUUGCCGUACAGCUUUUGAAAGCGAGGAACUCCUGAAAGACCACGAGUGUGACAGAAUAGUAAGUAAUAAGAAAGCUGUUCAGUUCCAAUGCCCAGUUUGUAAGAAAACCUUUUCAUCCUUCACCUACCUCAAACGCCACGAGGCAACUCACCAGGGGGCCUUCCAGUGUAAGAUUUGUAACAAGAGUUUCAGUAGGCGAGAAGAGCACGGAAUACAUUACCGCUACUGCCUUGGACAAACGACCAUCAAGAAAGAGGGGCAGAUCAACUGCGAUUUAUGUGAUGUUCCGUUCCAUGACGCCAAGGAGUAUCGGAAUCAUAUCCACGAACAUACUCAUCCCCACAAAUGUGAAAUUUGUAGACGGAGAUUCAUCAAAAUAGGCAGCCUCCAUAACCAUAAGUGCGAAGCAGUGAAGUCGGAAUUAGAAAAUGAUGUACCUGAACCAUGCAAGGAAUGUGGAAAAGUCUUCCAUACAAGGCAAGCUAUGCUCAAGCACGAAAUUUUCCACCGAGAACCCGAGUUUAGCUGUCAUGACUGCGGAAAGAAGUUUUACAGGAAGGACUAUGCCAGAGACCAUAUUUGCACGCUCCCCGAUGGUACUAAAGAAGACGUGGUUUGUCACGAAUGUGGUAAAGCCUUCAACAGUGUUAGUAACCUGAACAAGCACGUGAAAACUCACGGUGAAAAGAGGUAUGCUUGCGAUGUUUGCGGGAAGCGAUUUCACUACGAAGCUUACGUACGAACACACCGAGAAAUGGUUCACGAGAAGAAGUACACCUUCCAGUGUAACGACUGUGGCAAAGUAUUGACAUCGAAACAAGGGUUGAUCAGCCAUAACCGACAGUUCCACACUGAAAAUCCCCCAUCGUACCACUGUCCCACUUGUAAGAGGGGAUUCAAACAGCGAGGAAACUUACGGACGCACAUGCUGAUGCACGGAAACGAAAAGAACUACGGCUGCAACAUUUGUGGACAGUAUUUCAAGUAUCCUGAACAGCGAAACCGACAUAAAUUAGAGCACACGAUGACUGAGAAGUUCCGAUGCCAUAUUUGCCAGAAAACGUUUGUUCGACGGUACGAUUUGAAGCGUCAUUUAAGCGAAAUGCACAGUGGGCAUAUCUACAUAUGCACGCUCUGCAACGAACGCUGUUCCCAUAGGCCGACUCUUAUUCGGCACUAUAAAAGAAAGCAUCCUGGUAAUAUGGAGAUGGUUCGAGACCUAGACUCCAUCAACAGCAUGAAGCGAAGCGUGUCAGAUAUGCCCGUUGAGGUGAAGCAAGUCAAACAGGAAUCUAAAGAUUCAACCUUGCUGUACGAAGCAAUGCAGCAGCUGGAACAAGCUGGGUUGGUGGAAUCUGGGCAAGAGACGA